AUUAAAGAGCGGGGUCAUGUCCCAGGUGCCAUGUGCAUUGCCACGCUGACCUGCCUUCCCGGCCCUUCCCCCUUCCUCUUUCUAUUGGCCCAGCUGCUACUGCGGCUCCUCCUCCCUGGGCCGGAGUUGGUGGGAGCUGCCUCCUCCUGCCCCUCUCUCUGCACCUGCUCCAACCAGGCCAGCCGAGUCAUCUGCACCAGGCAAAACCUGGAGGAGGUGCCGGAGAGCAUCUCCGUCAACACACGAUACCUCAACCUGCAGGAGAACUCAAUACAGGUUAUCAAGUCCGACACAUUCAAGCAUUUGAGGCACCUCGAGAUCCUCCAGCUUUCCAAGAAUCAGAUCCGUCAGAUUGAAGUAGGGGCAUUCAAUGGCCUUCCCAACCUCAACACGCUGGAGCUCUUUGACAACCGCCUCACACUGGUGCCAUCACAUGCCUUUGAGUACCUCAGCAAGCUACGGGAGCUGUGGCUGCGCAACAACCCCAUUGAGACUCUACCAGGCUAUGCCUUCCACCGUGUGCCAUCUCUGCGCCGUCUGGACCUGGGUGAACUCAAGAAGUUGGAUUUCAUCUCUGAAGCAGCCUUUGUGGGCCUUGUUAACUUAAGAUACCUGAAUCUGGGAAUGUGUGGACUAAAGGACAUUCCCAAAUUGACAGCUCUGGUGCGUCUAGAAGAGCUAGAGCUAUCAGGAAACCGGUUGGAGAUUAUCCGCCCAGGAUCCUUCCAGGGCCUGGUUUCGCUUCGCAAGUUGUGGCUCAUGCACUCACAGGUGUCUGUCAUUGAGCGCAAUGCCUUCGAUGACCUGAAAAAUCUGGAGGAGCUUAACCUGUCCCAUAAUUCUUUGCACUCUUUGCCUCAUGAUCUCUUCACGCCUCUUCACCAGCUGGAGAGGGUGCACCUCAACCAUAACCCAUGGGUUUGCAACUGUGAUGUGCUGUGGCUUAGCUGGUGGUUGAAAGAGACGGUGCCCAGCAACACUACCUGCUGUGCCCGCUGCCAUGCUCCACCACUCUUAAAAGGUAAAUACAUCGGGGAGCUUGACCAGAGCCACUUCACCUGCUAUGCCCCUGUCAUUGUUGAGCCACCUACAGAUCUCAAUGUCACAGAAGGCAUGGCUGCUGAACUCAAAUGUCGUACAGGCACCUCAAUGACAUCUGUCAACUGGAUCACCCCAAAUGGUACCCUGAUGACCCACGGGUCUUACCGGGUACGGAUAUCUGUCCUCCAUGAUGGCACACUCAACUUCACGAAUGUCACACUACGAGACACAGGCCAGUACACCUGCAUGGUUACGAAUGCUGCUGGAAAUACCACAGCAACAGCUGUCCUCAAUGUCACAGCUGCUGAUGCCAGUGUCAACUACACCUACUUUACAACAGUCACAGUAGAAACAGUGGAUUCUACAGGUGAGGAAGACUCUGCACUGAUUGCCACCAAUGAGACCUUCAUCCAUCUUAACCCUGGUCCCACACCUUCUGGUCACCUGUGGCCUGAAGGUGUUUCUACCACAGCUUCCUCCUUGUCAGCCGGCUGGUCCUCCUCCUCUCCACGCGCCACCCGACCCACCUUCACUGUGCCCAUCACUGAGCCAGGCUUUUCAGGCUUGGAUGACGUGAUGAAGACGACCAAGAUCAUCAUUGGUUGCUUCGUAGCCAUUACCUUCAUGGCAGCUGUGAUGCUGGUUGUGUUUUAUAAGCUGAGGAAACAGCACCAACUGCAUAAACACCAUGGUCCUGCCCGUGCUAUUGAGAUCAUCAAUGUGGAGGAUGAGCUGGGGGCUGGGACCAGUGGGCGUGGCAGUGGUAUCUCAGGAGGCUCCACUGUGACACAGAGUGGAAGCAGCGGGCUUGGAGGAGGCCAGAGCCUCAGGCUGCAUCACUCAGAGAUAGUCAACCUCCCAAACCUCGCCCGAUCAGACCACCUCAACCACUACUACAAAACCCAUCACUUCAACAACAACAUGAUGACCCUUGGCAUGGGCACAACAUCGGGUAUGGGUCUCAACAACAACAACAAUCCUUCACCUUGCUCUCAGACACAGAGCAUGUCGUUAUCCUGUUCCCAAGGUCCAAACUCCACCAGUGGUGGUACACACACAGGUGGAACCCUGCCCACCCCUGUGCCCCUGCCUCAGCUGGGGAUCCACAGCUCUCUGAAAGGCCUUAUGGGAAAAGGCCAGAAUGAGCCCUUGCUCUUUAAGAGUGGCUCCAAGGAAAAUGUUCAAGAGACUCAAAUCUGAGUAGAAGAGUGGAAGAAAAACAUGAGGAGGAGAUACUCAAUAGAGACCGACUGUUUUGUGGCCUACUGUCCUUCUAGACAGACUCCAGAAAAUCUGAGAUUUCACAUUGUCACUACUUUGCAUUGUUAGUCUGGCAGGAGAAACACAGACGGGAAGAUUGAGAUCAGCAAUAGACCUUUUAAAGGCAUCUGCCCAUACUCUUCAGCCAAAAUCCAACACAACGUAAGCAACAAACAUGGUUACAUGACGACAGUUAUCUGUCAAACCUGCUACAGUCUUUGCCAAAGUACAAGAUGAAGCCAACUCUGCUCAUCAACCUCCACAAUCAAAGUGCCAGUAUUAAAAUCACACACGUACAGUGACCCUCGCUGGAUUUAUACCGAUUGUUUCGUAUAUCACUCGGCACAUUCAAAACCCUAUGUAUAUAUUUAGAAGGAGCAAUGUUAUUGGUGAUUUGCCUCUGAAUAUCAAACAAUGGUUUGGAUCAUCAGAAAGGUUCCAGAUUUCCAAGAAGCACUUACAUGGAGCAGAGGAAGGCAAACUCAAGCAAUUUGGCGCUUCUGUUCAGGACACGGGUAUCAGCUGUUUUUGCAGUGAAUGAGAAAAAUUAUCGUUUUAAGAGUGUUUUCACUCUCACUUACUUACUUUUUUCUCUUUCACACCUUACUGGCUGUUGUCUUCUUCAAAAGGGAGAAACAAAGCAAAGAAGGAAAGUCCUGCGACGAAACAGACAACAAUAGACAUAAAGCGAACCGAGAAUACAUAUUAUAUUUAACUAUAUUUUCAUUCAAAGAAAUAAAUUAUAAAGAAUCUUUAUCAAGUUUGUGACUGAGAACUACAACAUGUGGAGAAUAUAUAUAUAAAAAAAUGGCUGUUGUAAUAGUGACGCUAAUAUUCUUAGCUUGGAAUAAGAUGGCUGCUCCUACUGUGCUACACGGAGACACGACGGAGAGAGCGGUGACAGCUGUGCAAACAAACAAAACAAAAAAAAAGUGUGUGAGUGAAUUUAUUUUGGUCUCAACUAUUUUGUAGCUAAAUUAUGUUUUUUCCCUCUCCUGUCACAUUGAAAUAAACAGGGUCA